AUGCCUACUCAAGAAGUGCUUAGCCAGUGGGAAGCUUCUUCCCCGACUAUCAAAAGCGAAGGCCCCCUUCAAGGCACAACUAACCCUCCUCAGUCCUUGGUUUCUAAGCACGAGUGCUUUGCCAUACCGCUCAACGCGGAAGCUUCCAGACGAAAGACUAAAGGGUUUCAACAGGAUCGCGUUCGCAAUAGUGGUGCUCGUACGCCCGGCUCUAUCCACGCCGACAUCGUCGCCCAGAUAGAAGCGAAGCGAGAGCGAAAGGCCUCGGGGGAAGCAGAGAAGGAGAAGAAGGAGGCUGAGGUUGAGAAGUCAACAUAA